AGAAGGUCGUUCGUGAAGGUCUCUCUCUCUCUCCAUAAUACAACUCUCUUCUUCUUCAGUUUCAUUUUGAACAGUUGAGAGACAAUAAAGAAAAAAUGGAAGGAAUAGAUCACCUGGCACCGGAGAGGAGCAAGUCGCAGUUCGACGUCGAUGAGAUGAAGAUCGUCUGGGCUGGCUCUCCCCACGCCUUCGAGGUCUCCGACAGGAUGUCUCGUCUCGUUGCCAGCGAUCCCGCAUUCAGAAAGGAUAAUAGACCCAUGCUUGGUAGGAAGGAGUUAUUUAAGAACACUAUGAGGAAAGCAGCUUAUGCAUGGAAAAGGAUUAUUGAGCUUCGUCUUACUGAAGAAGAAGCUUCCAUGCUUAGAUCCUUUGUGGACGAGCCUGCUUUCACGGAUCUUCAUUGGGGAAUGUUUAUUCCUGCUAUCAAAGGACAAGGCACUGAGGAACAGCAGAAACAGUGGUUGCCUUUGGCUCAAAAAAUGCAAAUAAUUGGUUGCUAUGCUCAAACUGAACUUGGCCAUGGAUCUAAUGUUCAAGGGCUAGAAACAACUGCAACGUUUGAUCCAAAAACAGAUGAGUUUGUAAUUCAUAGCCCCACAUUGACUUCCAGCAAAUGGUGGCCUGGUGGAUUGGGUAAAAUUGCAACGCAUGGUGCUGUCUAUGCUCGUCUACUUACAGAUGGUCGAGAUUAUGGAGUGCAUGGCUUCAUUGUCCAGCUCCGGAGCUUGGAUGAUCACCUACCACUUCCAGGCAUAACUAUUGGGGAUAUUGGAAUGAAAUUUGGAAAUGGAGCAUAUAACACCAUGGACAAUGGGGUUCUACAGUUUGAUCAUGUACGAAUUCCAAGGAAUCAAAUGUUGAUGAGGGUUUCACAGGUUACAAGAGAAGGAAAAUAUGUACAAUCCAGUGUUCCGCGACAAUUAGUUUAUGGUACUAUGGUAUAUGUGAGACAAACCAUUGUGUCGGAUGCAUCAAUUGCAUUGUCUAGAGCAGUUUGCAUUGCUACAAGAUAUAGUUGUGUUCGCAGACAGUUUGGUGGAAAGAAAGGAGGCCUUGAAACACAGGUGCUUGAUUACAAAACACAACAAGCUAGGCUAUUCCCUUUGUUAGCUUCUGCUUAUGCUUUCCGAUUUGUUGGUGAAUGGUUGAAAUGGCUUUACAUGGAUGUCAUGAAAAGAUUACAAGCUGGUGAUUUUUCAACAUUGCCUGAGGCUCAUGCGUGCACUGCAGGCUUGAAAUCCUUGACUACUUCAGUGACUGCUGAUGGGAUUGAAGAAUGCCGUAAAUUAUGUGGUGGCCAUGGUUACCUUUGUAGCAGUGGUCUCCCCGAGUUAUUUGCUGUCUAUGUUCCUACCUGCACUUAUGAAGGAGACAAUGUUGUGUUGAUGUUACAGGUGGCGAGGCAUCUCAUGAAGACUAUAGCUAAAUUGGGCUCUGGAAAAAGGCCUGUUGGUACAACAGCUUAUAUGGGACGAGUGGAACUACUGAUGCAAUAUCAAUCUAAUGUUCAGAAAGCCGAGGAUUGGUUGAAGCCUAAUUUUGUCCUGGAAGCAUUUGAAGCUAGGGCUGCUAGGAAGUCGGUUGAUUGUGCUAAAAAUCUUGCCAAGUUUUCCAAUCCUGAGGAGGGUUUCCUAGAACUUUCGGCUGAGCUGGUUGAGGCAGCAGUUGCUCAUUGCCAGUUGAUUGUUGUUUCCAAAUUUAUUGAGAAGUUGCAGCAAGAUAUACCCGGAAAGGGAGUGAAACAGCAGUUAGAAAAUCUUUGUAUCGUUUAUGCCCUGAAUCUUCUUCGUAAGUAUUUGGGUGAUUUUCUUUCAACUGGCUGCAUCAAUGCCGAACAGGCAUCACUUGCCGGUGAACAGCUAAGGUCCUUGUAUUCCCAGCUGCGUCCGAAUGCUGUUGCGCUAGUUGAUGCGUUUAACUACACCGAUCACUACCUUGGUUCGGUUCUUGGCCGCUACGACGGAAAUGUGUAUCCAAAGCUGUACGAGGAGGCAUGGAAGGAUCCAUUGAAUGAUUCAGUUGUGCCAGAUGGUUUUCAGGAAUAUGUUCGACCCAUGCUGAAGCAACAACUUCGUAAUGCUAGACUGUAACAAGUUUAUGACUGGAUAGUUUAAUGGCAAAAAAUAAGGUUUUUUCUUUUAGGUGAAGUGGCAAAAAAUAAGUUAUCGAUACUUUAAAAGGUAGUGAAGGGAGGUUGUUGUGACUUUGGGUCGGAAUUCUUUAUUCGCCCAUCCCAUUCCAAGAACCGGAGAAAAAAAAAAAGGAAAAGAAAAGGUUUCUGAUUUAAUUAAUAUUAUUAUUUGGGA